CUUUUACUUCAGGAGCAUUCCCAGAUCGGCGUGAGCCGAUAAAUCGUAGACCAGUAAAGGCCGUAAAAGAAGUGCCAUCGCUUCCUGAAACCCCAGUAUGGAUUUCUUCUCCGGUGGUCGGCGCGUCGGGAGCGGGGGCGGCGGCGGCCUCCUCCCGUCCACCACCGCCACAGCCAAGGUGAAGCCAGCGCGCAAAUCCUCCUCCGCGUCCUCGCGCCGCCGGGGCCGACUCCGCGACGUGCUCUCCCCGACUUCCACCUUCUUCUUGAUCGGCCUCUCCAUCUCCUUCCUCUUCUUCGUUGCCGUCGUCGUCCUCUACGGCGUCCCCAACCCCCUUUCCUCUUCCCACUCUAAGCACCGCAUCGCCCGCCGCCGGCCCCUCCCCUCCGGCGGUGCCUCCUCGGAUGGAGGUGGCGGCGGGAUGGCAGGUGGCGAGAUGGUCGCGGCGGCGGCCGUUGUGGAUAUCACCACCAAGGAUCUGUAUGACCGGAUCGAGUUCUUGGACGUGGACGGCGGCGCGUGGAAGCAGGGAUGGAAAGUGACCUUUGCGGGAAAUGAGUGGGACGACGAGAAACUUAAGGUCUUUGUGGUUCCCCAUUCUCACAAUGAUCCCGGAUGGAGGCUCACGGUUGAGGAAUACUACCAAAAGCAAUCGCGGUAUAUUUUGGAUACGAUCGUUGAGUCUCUCUCCAAGGAUUCACGUCGUAAAUUUAUAUGGGAGGAGAUGUCAUACUUGGAGAGAUGGUGGAGAGAGGCCUCCAGUGAAAAAAAGGAAAGCUUCAUCAACUUGGUUAAAAAUGGGCAGCUAGAGAUUGUGGGAGGGGGUUGGGUGAUGAAUGAUGAGGCAAAUUCUCAUUAUUUUGCUAUCAUAGAGCAGAUUGCAGAAGGGAACAUGUGGCUAAAUGAUACCAUUGGAGUUAUUCCGAAAAAUUCUUGGGCUAUAGAUCCAUUUGGUUAUUCAGCCACAAUGUCUUAUCUGCUUCGGCGUAUGGGUUUUCGUAAUAUGCUAAUACAGAGGACUCACUAUGAGCUGAAAAAAGAACUAGCUUUGAAUAAAAAUCUAGAAUACAUAUGGAGACAGAGCUGGGAUAUGGAGGAAACAACUGAUAUAUUUGUUCACAUGAUGCCAUUCUAUUCUUAUGAUAUUCCACAUACUUGUGGACCUGAGCCAGCUAUUUGUUGUCAGUUUGACUUUGCUCGAAUGCGUGGAUUUAGUUAUGAGGCAUGCCCCUGGAAGUUUGAUCCAGUUGAAACAAAUUCUAACAAUGUUCAGGAGAGAGCCAUGACACUUUUGGAUCAAUACAGGAAAAAGUCUACUUUAUACCGAACAAACACCCUUCUUGUUCCAUUGGGUGAUGAUUUUCGUUAUAUUAGCAUGGAUGAAGCAGAAGUCCAGUUUCGGAACUAUCAAAUGAUUUUUGAUUAUAUAAAUUCUAAUCCCAGCUUGAAUGCUGAAGUCAAGUUUGGUACUCUUGAGGAUUACUUUGGCACUCUUCGUGAGGAAGCAGAAAGAAGAAACUUUUCCCGGCCCGGUGAGGUGGGAUCUGCUGAACUGGAGGGUUUCCCAUCUCUUUCAGGUGAUUUCUUUACUUAUGCUGAUAGAAACCUAGACUAUUGGAGUGGCUACUAUGUUUCGAGGCCAUUCUUUAAAGCAUUUGAUCGGGUUCUGGAACAGACACUUCGUGCAUCAGAAAUACUAGCUGCAUUAGUUUUGGGAUACUGUCAGAAGCUUCAGUGUGCUAAACUACCUAUCAAUUUCUCCCACAAGUUGACCGCUGCAAGAAGGAACUUAGCUCUUUUUCAGCAUCAUGAUGGAGUAACUGGUACUGCCAAGGACCAUGUUGUAAGAGACUACGGCACUAGAAUGCGUACUUCCCUGCAGGACUUGCAGAUUUUUAUGGCUAGGGCUGUGGAAGUUCUUCUAGGUGAUUUUCAUGACAAGGCAGAUCCUACCUUGCUGUCCCAUUUUGAACCAGAGCAGAGUAGGUCUAGGUAUGAUGCCCAGCCAGUGCACAAAGUUCUUGAUGUUACCGAUGGGGAACCCCAGUCUGUGGUAUUUUUUAAUCCAUUGGAGCAAACAAGGGAUGAAGUCGUAAUGGUAAUAGUAUCAAAGCCUGAUGUGUCCGUUUGGCACUCAAAUGGAUCAUGUGUGAAGAGCCAAGUAUCUCCCAAUUGGAAGCAUGAUACAACAGAAGAUGAUACCAACCUGCAUCGCCUUUACUGGCGAGCUUCUGUUCCUGCAAUGGGGUUGGAAACCUACUUUGUAGCUCGUGGAUCUCCGUCGUGUGAAAAAGCCGCACCUGCCAAAGUGAGAGUAUUCUCUGAUACCGCAUUUUCUUGUCCUCCUCCUUAUGUAUGUUCAAAAAUUGAAACUGAGACAGUACAGAUUCAUAACCUUCUCUACACACUCACAUUCGAUGUAAAGAGAGGUCUGCUGCAGAAGAUAAGCCAUAAAGAUGGCAAACAAACCUAUGUCGGUGAAGACAUAGGAUUGUACAGUAGUGUUGGAAGUGGUGCUUACUUGUUCAAACCUAUUGGAGAGGCUAAACCUAUUAUUGAGGAAGGUGGCCAAUUUAUUAUUUCUGAAGGUUCAUUGGUCCAGGAAUCUUUUUCUAUUCCAAAGACCAUGUGGAAGAAUACGCCUAUUUCUCAUAGAACACGUAUCUACAGUGCACAGAACACUGUACAGCAGUUAAUUGUUGAGAAGGAAUACCAUGUUGAGCUUCUCGGUGAUGAAUUCAAUGACAGGGAACUAAUUGUGAGAUUCAAGACAGACAUUGACAAUAAGAGGGUCUUCUAUUCUGAUCUUAACGGAUUUCAGAUGAGCCGAAGACAAACAUAUGACAAAAUCCCACCACAAGGAAAUUACUAUCCCAUGCCAUCACUUGCUUUUAUGCAGGAUCCAUCAGGUCACCGGUUCUCAGUACAUUCUAAACAGUCACUAGGGGCAGCUAGCUUGAGAGAUGGUUGGUUGGAAAUUAUGUUGGAUCGCCGAUUGGUUUAUGAUGAUGGACGUGGUCUAGGUCAAGGGGUGAUGGAUAACCUUCCUAAUAAUGUCCUCUUCCACAUCCUCACAGAGUCUAAUAUCUCUGCUUUGCCUUCAAAUCAUAUGCUGUUGACUCUCCAACCAUCACUUCUUUCCCAUCGUGUGGGUGCCCACCUGGACUAUCCAAUGUGUGCAUUCGUUAGCAAGACUAGACCGCGACAAAAAUCCCUCAAGCUCCAUCGACUUUCGUUUGCUCCGUUAUCCUCUUCAUUACCAUGUGACUUACAUGUAGUGAAUUUUAAAGUUCCACAGCCUCUGAAGUUUACACAGGUACACCCUCUGGCCUCUAGAUUUGUUAUUCUUUUGCAGAGGAAGGGCUGGGAUGGUUCAUUCUGCAAACGAGGUGGACUGCAUUGUUCAACCAUUGCGGACGAGCCUGUGAAUUUGUUCUACAUGUUCAAGGACCUCACUGUUUCCAAUGUGAAAGCAACUUCCUUGAAUCUAUUACAUGAUGACACUGAAAUGCUGGGUUACAACGAGCAGUUGGGAGAAGUAGCUCAAGAGGGAAAUGUGCUAAUAUCCCCAAUGGAAAUACAGGCUUACAAGUUAGACCUUCAGUCUCAAACAUAGGCUCUGUAAGGUGCGGUUUAAGUGCCUUCAUCUGGUACAGUGGUUGGUUUAUUGUGCCUCCAAAACUUGCUAGCUUUCAAGACUUGGGACAUUUGCCAAUCAUUCAUCACUCUCUUUCAUGGAGAUUGGAUCAAAGCCUGAACACACUAUUUCUGUAAACCUGCUAAUGAAGAUAGGAGGACAUACAUGCUGUUGCUGUAAAGAGUUUUUUGAUAUUUUGCUAGAGACAGGAAAUAAGAUGCAGAGAAGAAAGUGAUUCAUGGAUAUCUGAAGCAUGUCGAGCUUUAUUGUGACUCCAAUUUCAGGAGCUUGAGGAUAUCUCAGAAUUGCUUAUGUAUUUUAGAAAAAUUAGAUACAAUGUUGUGUUCGAAUUUAUUUAAGACUGCUAAAAGAGGCAAUACAUGAUACAAUCCCAUACUGAGUUUGCAGAUU